UCACUGCAAUUCGACAGCUUCUAAUGUUCACUGCACGUUCAAUCAGACGAGUCAUCGGUAUCGGACUCGACUGUGUGAGUAAAAGGGAGUUGUUUGUUUGUUGCCCGUGUCAAGAAUCCAAUCUCGUAUCGUUGCUUAGAUUUUAUUAUAGGAACGCGUUGCCCUUUGUGGAUGCAUCGAGGGUAGCGUCUCCUUGUUCUUUUGUAUGGAAUAAGAAGCUAAAUGUGUUUCAUAGUCAGAGUGCUAUCAGAAAUUGGGUAUGCAGAAGCAUAAGCAGUUCAUCAAUCGAACUGAAGACGGACGGUGAUGUUGUCAGAUUUUCCAGUAGUAAACACCCUGAUAAAAAUCGUUACGCAAUAAGAGGAACAAAGACUGUUAAACGCGUUAAAAUGUCCAGAAAGGCCAAACUAAAUGAGCUCAGGUUUUAUCGUCUUAAGGCCAAGAAGAAGAUGAACUCUCCUAAUCCAGAAGUUAGGAUAAGAUAUAAACUUGAAAAGGCCAAAAGAAAAGAAGCAUGGUUGAUUGAGAAGUUGAGGAAAUUCGAUGUCCCUAAAAUGCAAGGUGAAACACACGAUCCUGAAAUGUUAACCGAGGAAGAAAAGCAUUACCUAAAGCGUACUGGGGAAAAGAAGAAGAACUUUAUUCUAGUUGGUAGACGUGGAGUAUUUGGAGGCGUUGUUCUCAAUAUGCAUCUUCAUUGGAAAAAGCAUGAAACAGUGAAGGUUAUUUGCAAACCUUGCAAGCCAGGGCAAAUUCAUGAAUAUGCUGAAGAACUUGCUCGAUUGAGCAAAGGCAUUGUGAUUGAAGUAAGACCUAACAGUAGUAUUAUAUUCUACAGGGGAAAGAACUAUGUGCAGCCAACGGUUAUGUCUCCUCCAGAUACCUUAUCUAAAUCGAAGGCCCUUGAAAAGUACAAGUAUGAACAGUCCCUUGAGCAUACAAGUCAGUUCAUUGAGAAACUGGAGAAAGAGGUUGAAGAAUAUCUUGAACAUGUAGCUCGUUACAAGAAACGAAAAGAGGCUGUUGUUGAAUCCUGAUGGAUAAUUCUCCAUAAAAGAGCUUAUCUGUUGAGAAGGGACUGCUACUCUUUUAUUACAUUACAGAGAAAUCCAUUCUUGUCAUGAUCAAGCCACGUCCUACUCGGGUUUGGAAAGAUAGUUUACUCGCUUACUUGUUAGAGUAAGACGCGGUGCCAAGCGUUGAUAUGAAAGCAUUUCUUUCUCUCCGGCCUCUGCGCCAACUUUCUACACUUUUAACGUUCACCUUAUGGCUGGGAAGGAAACCGGAUUUUGUAUCGGAGAGAUGACCGAUGGAAUCUGCUAAAGAGUUGAUAUUGUAUUCACUAUACUUCAAUGAAGUGGGUUGGGCAUGGUAAAGCUUUUCAUCAACAACUUUUCAUGCUAUGGAUUAUUUUCUUGUGUAAAAAUUGAAUUCAUGAUAGUAAAAUCUAAUAGUAUCCAAUUUCAUGAA